AUGCGACCAACAAUUAUCACUGAUGUCCAGUGUUUCUUGACGUGCCCGGACGGUAUCGAUCUGGUCGUCGUCAAGGUCCUGACGGAUCGCGAGGUGCAUGGCUGGGGCUGCGCGACCUUCACUCAGCGUGCUUUGGCUGUCAAGACCGUGGUGGAUGAAUACCUCUUGCCUCUACUCAAGGGCCGAGAUGCGAACAAUAUCGAAGACCUCUGGCACAUGCUGUCUGUCAACUCGUACUGGAGGAAUGGACCUAUCGGCAACAAUGCGGUAGCUGGCGUGGACAUGGCCCUUUGGGACAUCAAGGGAAAGCUCGCUGGCAUGCCGUUGUACCAGCUAUGGGGCGGGAAAUCCAAAGACGCCAUAGCCGUCUAUACUCACGCCAGUGGGAACACCUUAGACGAGCUUUUCGCUUCCGUGGAUUCCAAGAUUGCCCAGGGUCACACGCAUAUACGAUGUCAGCUUGGCAUCUAUGGGGGUGUCCCGAAACACAUGCACUCGACAAAGAAUCCUACACAUGGAGCGUACUAUGAUCAAGACGAGUAUAUCGAGAACACCAUCACCAUGUUCAAGGCUUUACGGGAGAAAUAUGGCUACAGGCUUCAGUUCCUUCAUGACGUUCAUGAGCGACUGUGGGCGUCUCAAGCCAUUCAAUUGGCAAAGGCUCUUGAACCGUACAGGCCCUACUGGAUCGAAGACAUCUUCUCCCCGGAGCAAAGUGGAUGGUUCGCCAACUUGAGGGCACAAUCCUCGGUGCCUUUGGCCAUGGGAGAACUCUUUGCUCACCCUCACGAAUGGCGAGACUUGAUUGUCAAUCGACAGAUCGACUUUAUACGAUGUCACAUCUCUGACAUCGGUGGCAUCACACCUGCUCUCAAGCUUGGCGCCCUUUGUGAGACAUUCGGCGUUCGCAUAGGCUGGCAUGGUCCAGGAGAUAUGACGGGAAUAGCCGUGGCAGUCAACACACACCUCAACAUCUUCUUGACGAACGCUGCGGUUCAAGAGUACACGGCAGCGGCUGAUAGCACCAAGCGAGUGUUUCCCAAUACGCCUGAGCCUGAUAAUGGGUUCAUAUACCCUGGCACAGCGCCUGGUAUAGGCGUCGAGUGUGACGAAGCAGUCGCCAGGACGUUCCCUCCGUUGAACAAGGUGGUGGAAUGGACACAGUCGAGAUUACCCAACGGGGCAUUGUUCACCCCUUGA